AUGGAAAAUAAUCCUCCCCUUAAAAGAAAGGAGACUGUAUUCCUAAACUUAAAAGACGGUGAAGAGAACGAUCCUGAAGACACAUACGCAAAAAUUGUUAGGAAGUACAGAUAGUCAAAAAAUGUACCUUGGAGAAGAUUUUGUGAGACUCCAAGCUUUCUGAAGCUCGUUGGGAAACUUACUAAUGAAGAUGUCAUAGAUCUUGGUUGUGGAGAAGGAUUCUAUACCAGGAAAUUGAGAUAGUUGACCACUGGUAAGGUUUUCGGAGUUGAUUUCUGCGAUAACUUCAUUAAAAUGGCUCAAUUCUAACAAUACGGUGCCAAUGAUAUUGAUUACAGAUAGUUUGAUUGUGGUCUUCCAAUCGAAGACAUUCCUGGUCAGUUUGAUUUAGUGACGCCUACAUUUCUCGUUUAGAAUGCUCUGUCUGAGGAAGAUUUGGAAUAAAUGGUACAAAACAUUUGGAAUUUGUGCAAACCAGGCGGGAGAGUUUGCGGUUUGAAUGCCAGUCCAUUCGUUCCAGUAGAGGAAUUUAAGAAAGAUGAGAAAUAUGGUCUGUCAUUAUCAUAGAAAUCUACAUUCUACUUUGAGGAGAACGCCUCAGAAUACUCUGUUAGAUUAUUUGAUAAAGAAGCUGACAUGGAUAUUUCACUUAGGCUUAUGUGGUACUCAGGUUAAUUCUAUGAGGAAGCUUUCCGAAAAGCUGGCUUCACAAACUUCAGAUGGGUUUAGUUGGAGUUAUUUGAAGAUACUGACAAUGCCGAGUAUUGGAAAGAUUUCCUAACUAAUUGCUAAGUGAUAAUGUACGAAGCCAUUAAGCCUUUGAACAAGGACUGA